AAUUCGGAUCUUGCUUUCUCGCGAUUCGACAGCUGGCGCGAGUUGCUGCUACCCUACAAACUGAUAAGAAUAUUGGCUCCGAAAGCAUGCAUCGCAAACCGGGGAUAUGUAUCGCCAGCUCCAGGUUAGGGGCCGGAAAUGCUUCCCCUUUCUGUUCUCUUUGAAGCUCUCGGACACGAGAAAGGAGGAAGAUUCAUUUCACGAAUACAACCAACCCUCAGGGUCUGAUAAUGGCGGGGAUGGAUAAUCUCAUCAGAUACAAAUGUAGCAAUGAUCCUCCUCUUGGCUCUUGUUGCGAAUUGCUGCCGAGUUUUGGUGCCUUUGUGUAAGCAUGGCGACUUUCGAGAAUUCUAAUGGUACGGUUCAGUGUAAUUACACUACAACGGCUUUGUUUCAGGAUUCUGUUCAAACGUGUAAUCCAUACAUCGCUGCUCUCCAGACUUGUCCCCAGCACCCGAUCAGCCAAGCGACGAGGCUGCAGAUUGUAAAUCAAACGGCUCAAUGUUUACCUGGAGCAUGGAAUGAUGUUUGGGCAUACAACUCCGAUCCAUCCUACCUCCACAACUUCACUUCGGUUCCUCCACCUACCUUUCCAGCCAACACUUCCUGUCACUAUCCCGAUCUCGUCCCAAUACUUCAACAAGCAUGCAGCUUCGACUUUGGCCGAGUCCAGCUCGAGUGCAACGAGGCUCCUGACCCUAAUGUGAUUAAAAAUGGCCAACCAUAUGUUGACUGCCAGACUGAAGCCAUGAUCCAAUACUGGCGCUGUACCCAACAGAAGCCUUUCAGCGAAGUAACAGACUGCGUCAUCGAAAAUGCGCAAAAAGUCAACUGGGUCCCUCCCAUCGAGCCAUAUUCCGGCGCAAUGACAUGUCCAGACCGAACAACAUAUCUUGCAUCCACCGGCAUCUCCAUCAUCCUAGUCUUCGUCGCCGUUCUAUUCUUCACCUGGCUCGCUCCCCUCAUCUUGAGAAAGCUCAAAAUCCUCUUCAACAUGAAACUCUCCGGCCCACCACCCCAAGUCUGGCGAAGAGAGAAGAAAUUCACAUUAAGAGCCUACCUCGUCAUCAAAUCCCUCGGCACCGACGUCCUCGUCGCCUACCUCACCGUCCUCAUCCUCCGCAACGCCGGCCUCACAUCCGUAGUCUCAACCCGCGCCGCCCUCGUCGACAGCAUCUUCCUCAUCGCCGUCCGUCCCCGGGUCGCUCCCUUGACCGGCUUCCUGGGGUUCUGGAAAGGCUUCUCCGAAACGGGCUUCGCGGACCUCGUCGCCGACGCAAUGCUCUCCUGGGUCGCGGGAACCAAGAUCUUCCACUCGUACUGGAAAUACAUCAACACGCCGCCCUCGAAUCCCGCUGCUCCGGCCUACGAUAUGAGGAUUCUGGGUAUAGGAGCAUUGAUGAGUUGCGCUCCGGCGUUUAUUACGUUGAUGUUCCUGUUCUUCACGGCCGCGAGCUGGACCAAGAACAACAAAUUCUCGGAGAUGAUGGCGAUUUAUUUCAUGCUGCUCUUAGCCUUCGUCGCGUUCUUCUGUCUCUUACCUUUCAUUGCCAUUAUCGAAGUCCUGUCCAUGCUGAUCAUGGCCAUCCGCCGCAAGCGGGGCCAUUCCAGUAAUCCGUCGAAGAGAUCGUGUUGGGAGAUCCCGUUGACGAUCUCGUGGUGGGGGUUCAGAGAUGUGUUUUAUCCGAUUAUUCUUCUGAUGAGUUUGACGAUUAAUUUGGGGAAUUGGAUUUUCUUUGUCAGUUAUGUCAAGAUUGCCGGGGAUUUGUUUUGUCCGAGUGGAUCGAGGGCCGUGGAGGCGUUGUGGAUUGGGUUGCCGGUCGGGAUUACGAUUGUUUUUGCUGUUUUUAAGAAGUUGACUGAUCCGGUUGAGGAGUGGGAGAUGUGAUGGGGUUUAACGUGGAGCUUUUGGUACUUGAUGAGUGUGGCUUGAUAUUCAUGCUUACCCCCCAUGAAUUAUCUUCUGCACGUGUGGUCGGAAAGACAAAUGAGCUCGAUCGAACUUCUGAAGUUUCCCGCAGUCAGACAAUGUAUUGGUAAAGUUCUGCAAUCGAGAACAAUGAGCACGGGAUCCUGUCAAGUACAAGGUGGCGAAACUACCUGAAACCAAUCGCUAAGAACAGCCUUGGAAGAGGAGCCGGAAUCACGACAACUUUGCUAUUCAACUUACACUGCCUAUGGCUUUAAGCAAUUCUCAUCAGCCCG